UGUCUUUCUUCUCGCUCCCCUUUUUUAACAAAUAUCCCGCCAUCGGAAAACCCUUCCCGCCUCCCUGCGGACUCUGCCUCUUCCAGCCUUCGCAGAGCUCCGGCCAGUUUAUUCCGGCGAUCAUAACAAGCGGACAAAUCAGACCCUAUAUACUUCCGUGAUUUAAAGCCACAUCAGAAUCUGACGGGCUCCCCGACGGCGGGCGAGUCUGCUUUUGCCAACCAGAUUCCGUCUCUGACAUUUGGCACCAGCCUCUUCGCUUUGUACUUUGGCUACCUUUUCUUUGCUAUAAGGAGUUGCACUUUCAGCUUCAGGAGGAAGAAGUAGCAUAGAAGGGAAAGGAUGAUGAUGGUCACGAAGAUGGCCGAUCAGAAGCGAAGAAAUCACUAUGAUCCCUUCCUUCCCACUCCCAAAAGACUCAAAAACGAAGCUUUGGAAGGCAACGGGUCUUUGUCACAUAAAGAGAAGAAGGAUAAGAUAGGAGAGAGAGUGUCUGCUCUGCAGCAGCUGGUAUCCCCCUUCGGAAAGAGCGACACAGCUUCUGUGCUGACAGAGGCCACAGCAUAUAUCAAGUUCCUCCAUGAUCAGAUUAAGGUUCUCAGCGCCCCAUACCUUCACUCCUCUCCAAAUGAUAGACUGCAAAGUGGCAGCUUGAGAAGCAGAGGACUCUGCUUGAUUCCAGUAGCUGCAACAGUUCAGAUAGCUAGAAGCAAUGGCGCUGAUAUAUGGGCUCCUACCACCAACUAGCUUCUUCUUCUUCUUCUUCUUCUUCUUUCCUUCAUUAAUGGCGGCUGAGUGAAUCUAACAUUAAUCUUUCAAGAUCCUGACCGUGUCUCUCUUUAUAAAAAUACCCAUCUAUAUUCAUAUAUAUGUGUAGAUUAUAUGUGCUAAUUACUUUGCCGUAUCAGCUGAGAGAAUAUUGAAUUGAAACAACUCAGCUGGUUUUACGAUUGUAUUCAGAUUCUGCCGUCUCUGUAAGGCAUAAUGGGACGUCAUGUUGGGUUUUUAAAGCUCCUGAAAAUAAUUAGCUCUUGUUGCUGGUUGGAGGUCUGUAGAUUUCUAUCAGAAUUUAAGGACAAUAUUGAAAGCUUUAGUUCGGUUUUGGUUCGA